AUGUCCGGCCACUCCAGUCCAUCCCCACCACCAGCUAAGCGCCGCAGGAUGUCACCGAGUCCGCCCGCCUCAAGUUCAGCCUCGAGUAUCCCCGUACCCGAGACUUCUGGCUCUGUCCCCAGCACAACCACCAAUGCUGGGCCAGAUCCCAUGAUCUCUGCUUCUACCAUGCCUGAAGACGAAAUUACCGACGACAUCCCGACGGAUGCCUUGCUCGGUCACCCUCAGAAUGAGGUAUCCCGUGCCACAUGGCCGCUCGAUGCCGUGCCCGUUGAGAUCUUCAACCUGAUCAUUCGGUACCUCAAUCGGAAGGAUGUUCAGGCAAUGCGACUAGUCUCCCGCGAGUUCGACUCCAAGCUUGCCGAUUCUUUUUUCCGAAAUGUCGUGGUUCCAUUUCGUCCAGAAUUUGAAGCACUCUACGGGACUUUGGACGUUGAUCUGGGAUUCUCGCCGGAGCAACAAAAGUAUGGCUUGGUGUUGAAGAAGAGAACUGACGAAUCCUCCGCGAUCGAGGCCGGCAACGACAGCAAAGCUCGGGACAAUCCCACGGCGAUGGGUGACGAGUCUCUGCUCUCUGAUGGGUACCGAGUCUUUGAGCAAUUCGGUCCGACUCAUAUUCACAAGUUCGCUCUGGCUCUCGAACUGGACGAGCUGGAUUUGGCUUGCCCGCCUGUCAAGCUCAAUCAAGAAAUUGUUCCCGCUCCGUGGGGUCUUUAUCGUUGGCCUAUCGCAGAGUACCAGCGCUAUGCUCAACUAGAGGGCAUAGAGAAACUUGCGGACGAGACCGGGCACAUGAAGAGGGCUUUUCAGUCACUCCGAGUCGUCAGCGAGAUUGGCCUCUCUUGCGAUGCUGGUCUAGGUUACCUACAGGGCCCAGACACUAAUGCAUUGUGUCGUCGUCUUCAACCCCCAGUCUUCCGACCGCCCAUCUACGACGGUGCUGAGGCCAACCCAGAAGAUCAAUUAGAUGAGGAUAGCGAUCGGUCCAUGGGUCUCAUCAUUUUGAAACAUAUGGCUAUGAACGCAGGUUAUGAUUCCAACGAGUGGCCCAGGGCUGUCCUUCGCCUCCUCGAGGACGAAGGCCGUGCAGUCCGGUGGGUCGAACACGUCUCUGCUUCUGGAGCGCCCUCUCAUAAGAAGACGCCGCUCUUUGAGACAACUAAAGACACCACAAAGGAGAAGUUGAUUGACAUCAUCGAGCGCCUGCUUGGCGAGGACCCCCAGAGCGACAAGGCAACGGGCGCAGCUCACGCGCAGGCAUGCGGUCUCGUCCCCAACAGCCUCACAGCCUCCCAGGUUGAGAUGCUGCUGGAACUCGAGUGGGCUCACCGAGCUCUCAUGGACUCCUACGUCAUUGCUGUGAUGGAUAACAAGGACUCAUUCCAGGCCCUCAACACACUGACGAUCGCACGCUGCUCAGGUCAGCAUGUUCCUUCCUUGAUGAAGGAAGAUUUUUGGGAGGCCAUGACCUGCCUGAAGUCGUUCAACCUUGGCGUGAUUCCAGACUGGCGCCGGCUCCACAAAGACGACACAGGUGGUGUUUCCCAGCGCCGCAUCAGUCCGAUCGACAGCUAUGGAGCUGUCUUCAGCCUACUGCACAACUUCGUCGGCGAGCAGGAGAACAUCAAGCACGUGUCCUUUCAAUGGAUCUCUGGCGGCGAGUUUGCCAUAGGGAAGAGUCAGCGUGACCGCUACAUCAUGCCUGCUCCUGUGCUUUCAAACGCUGCCAACAUGACCGACUUGCAACAUGAAUUUGGCGAAAAUGAUGUCAUCAGCUUACCUUAUGUCGACAAGCUCUCUCUGAAGAACUGUUGGUUUACACCCCAUGUGUUUCUAAAUGUCGUCAAGAGGUUGUCGAGAGAGACGCUGAGAGAUCUCGAGCUCGAGUCUGUUUCUCUGACAGGGCCCCCUUCAAAGGCCAACGAAGCCAGCGUGCAUCCCGGCGCACAGGGAAAGCCGUUGCACUGGCCUUGGCCUCUUUGUGCCGGAGCGGAACCUGGAAGUUGGUUCCAACUUCGGCGAACGGCUGACAACAACCAGAAUAACCAAAUCAACAAUGCCCCCGCUCCUAAUGUCGCCUUCCCUGCCCCGCCCCCUGGAGCUGGCCUGCCUGCUGCAGGUGCUUUUACUGCCCACCAGACAAUUCACUUUAACAACCACGCAUGGAUCGCCCAGCAUUCAUCUGGCGCUGUCGCCAUCAAUGAGACUUCAGCUCCUGCGCAGCAGUCUACACAAACUUCGGGCAUCUCUCUGUGGCGUUGCUUCUCUUGGCCACAUAUCCUUGCCAGCCUAAACAUGUCCCCGGAAGCAGUUCACUCCCACCUUAAAGGCGUGGACCCGGAGGACAAGCACUACCACAAAAUGAAGACGCAUGAGCAGUAUUUCUCCAGAAUAUUCAACCAUGUUCAUGAGAACCGCGGUGAAACCGAUCGGUUGAAAACGAUCACGCUCAAGUCUUGUGGUUAUGCCCUCAUCGAUGCACCGCACAUUAGCAACUGGAGGAUCAUUCCGAGCGAGCCACUGCUGGUGCAGCACGACCCCGAUCUUCUAGGUCAACUGAAAGAGCUUGAUAGUCAGAUGCUGAUCUGCAACGAUGGUCUUCUCGGCAAGACUCUCAAUUACAUCCCGGAAGCGGAGCAGCGGAUUCUGAGCCGGAUUUUUGGACUUGGGUUCGGCUGGGAUGAUCUCUACGACGAGAUCGUCACGCAGAUCGCCGUCGUGGAUGGCAACCCGAGUCCUGGCCUCGGUCGUUUCCACGGCAAUGUGAGCAGUUCUGCCGAGAUGGAGGCUAUCAGUCUCAAGUCCAAGGGAAAGCAAAUAGCAGUGAGCCACAGUACUUAG